GGCAUGAGCGCCCUGCUGGCGGCCCAGUACGCCGACCUGGACGCGAGGAACAGCUUUCUCAACGGCAACCUGGUGUUUUCCGCGAUGCAGGACCCCGCGCAGGCGGCCAACCUGCUCACCGCCGACAACAAGCAGCUCGACAUGCUGGAGAUCCCGGGCAAGGGCCGCUGCUUCGUCUUCAUAGCCAAGUACUCUUACGACCCGCUCUCGCAGUCGCCCAACGAGAACCCGGAGGCGGAGCUGCCCCUCGGCGCUGGAGACUACGUGCUCGUGUGGGGGCCCAUGGACGAGGACGGCUUCUGCGACGGCGAGCUGCUCGACGGACGGCGGGGCCUGGUGCCGUCCAACUUCAUCCAGAAGCUGGUGGGCGACGACCUGCUCGACUUCCACCAGUCGGUGGUGCAAGGGCUGCGCGCCGCGGCGCUGGAGUGCGACCCAGCGGCGGUGGAGGCGGCGGCGGCGGCGGCGGCGGGCGGGCAGCCCGUCGACGACCUCGCCUCCGCCGCGCACGACGUCGUCAUGAUGGAUGAGGCGCUUGCCAAACGAGGACUUGGUGACCUCACAUUGCAAGAACUUGAGGACAUUCUGGAGGAGGAAGAUGAGAGCCUCGACCAAUCAGGCGAGGGGCCAGACCUGUUCUUCUCGGUGCUAGUCCCGCCGCCCAAGCAGCUCACCCUCGAGCGGCAGCUGCACAAGAGCGUGCUCAUCAGCUGGUCGCACCCUGACGGCUGCCCGCCCGCCGCCGUGGACAGCUACCACGUGUACGUGGACGGCGUGCUCAAGACUACCGUCAAGGCCACGGAGCGCCCGCGCGCCCUCGUCGAGGGCGUCGAUUCCACUAGGCCACAUCGCAUCAGUGUUCGCUCAAUUACUCCAAAUCGAAGAACGUCUCGUGAUGCUGCAUGCACCAUGUUAGUGGGAAAGGAUGUCCCACAAGCUCCAUCAAAUGUAAAAGCAGGAAAUGUCACCAGUACAUCAGCUGUUAUAAGCUGGCUGCCUGCCAACUCAAAUCAUCAACAUGUUGUUUGUGUCAACAAUGUGGAAGUGCGCACUGUCAAACCUGGUGUAUAUAGACAUACAAUAACAGGAUUGGCCCCAAACACUGUGUACAGAGUAACAGUACGAGCAAAAAAUAUUCGGCAACAAACACAAAGUUUUGAUGAGAAGACAUCUACUCUUCAAAUGGAGCGCUGCUCAGCACAUAUAGACUUUCGAACUCUACCAAAGGGCCUCCCCGACCCGCCGGUGGAUAUCCAGGUGGAGGCAGGCCCUCAGGACGGCACGCUGCUGGUCACGUGGCUCCCGGUGGCCGGCGGCGGCGGGGUGCACACGAACGGCGCGCCCGUCACGGGCUACGCCGUCUACGCCGACGGCAAGAAGGUCACCGACGUCGACAGCCCCACAGGCGAUCACGCGCUCAUCGACAUCAACAAGCUUCUGGGGCUGAACCCGCGCCAGGUGACGGUGCGCACCAAGUCACGUGACAGCCAGAGCUCCGACAGCCUGCCCACUAGCAUCCCGGGCAGCAUCCUGCGCAAGGGGGCGAAGGACGGGCGCGACGGGCUGAAGGACGAUCGGCGCGGGCGGUUCGGGCCGGGCGCGGGCGCGGGCCCUCUGCGCCAUCACGCGGGCGGGCGCGCGCGCCUCGACGCGCACGGCCAGCUCGUCAUCGAGCCCGACGAGAGCCUCAGCGACAAGGAGGUGUACCCCGCCAACCACAUGAACAUCCCCGCCAUUGAGAUCACGAAGGACUCCGCGAGCGAAGCCAACUUCAGCGAGGACGACUACCUGGACCGGCGCGGCGGGCGCUACGGCCACCACAUGGGCGGCGCGGGGGCGGGGCCCGGCGCCACGCACUACACGCCGCGCAGCCACGCCGAGCGCGGCCGCCCGCCCCCGCUGCCACACGAGCGCGCCGGCCGCCAGGACUACGGGCCCCGCGACGCGCGCCGGGACGAC